AGCCGAUAAUGCAGACAUUUUCGAGAUGACAGGAACAAGUGAAUCGGCAGAAAACUUAAAUCUUGAUAGGACAACUCAAAAGGAUAAAUUCGAAUCGUCUCAUGACUAUGAUCUAGAAAUUAGUUCGACACAUUCUCAGAUAUCUUCAGAUAGUUCAUACACUCAUGAGGCAACAGAAAGUUCCUUUAGAGAGGAUCUUUUUGAAGAUUAUUCCACAUCCGAGGAAUACAAUGUUUUUGAUACAACUAAUAGCUCUCUUUCAACUGAAAAUUUUGAAUCAGACAACCAUCUCAUUAAAAAUGUUUCUUUCAACCAUUCUAAUUUAACCCUAGAUUUGCAUACUAAAGAAGGUCACGGAUUUCAUCAGCCAAUUCCAUACGAACCCUCAUUGACUACCCGUUCAGAAUCUUUUUCACCUUCGAAUUUUCCAACUUCUGUUUCAUCGUCUGAAGAAGCUGCAACAACCCUUGAAGUAAAUGUUUCACCCGAUACAAGUAGUAAUAAAAACAGUGUUUUUAACGAAAGUAAUGAUGAGGCAUCGACUGUAACUGCAAUGAAAAUAUUGCCCAUUUUUAAUUUCGGUAGUACUUUCAGAGAGGAACAAAGUUCACCAGGAGAUGAAAACACAAGCUCUGUUUCUAUAAAUGCUUUGACAGAUGCGCCAACUACAGCUGUGAAAAUUUUAGAACAACCCUCUUCUACUACUGUUUUUGAGAUCACAGAAACAUCGUCAGGAAAUUCAUCUUCUUCCCAAGAUUCUAGCUUCUCAUCUGAAAUUUUAGAUCACCUCCCAACUGAAUCCACUGAAUCAGUUGAAAUACAAGGAGGUGUACCCAAAAUUGUAGAUCAAUUCCAGGAUCUUGGCUUCAAUCCCAACGAUAUUGAUUCAAAUGACGCGAUUGUGAUUGGAUCAGAUAAUGAUCUAAUAAAUAAUGAAAACUUCGAUCCAGCCACCCCUUUCUAUGAUGAUUUUAGUGGGGGUGGUGUGGAAAUCAUUCGACACAUAACUACUAUACCUCCCACAUCCUUUGCUGUUAGCCUUGGAAAACACCCAAUUUUUAUUUCGAACAAUUGUUCUGAAGAUGAAAUGCAAUGUAGAAGCGGAGAAUGCGUGGAUUUAGACAGUCGAUGCAAUAUGAGAAGAGAUUGCAGAGACAACUCAGAUGAAAAAAACUGCUCAUGCUCUGAACUCUUAAAAGUGAUGGGACAAUCUCAAAAAAUAUGUGAUGGCAUACCUGAUUGCAAAGAUUUAAGUGAUGAAAAUAAUUGUCCAUGGUGUGGUCCGGAUCAAAUCAUCUGUCCUCAAACAAAAUUCUGCAUCAACACAUCUCAAGUCUGUGACGGCGAAAACAAUUGUCCGAUGGGAACUGAUGAAAAAUAUUGUGUGAAAUUGGCUGAGUCAGUAACAGAAGCUCAGGAUAUUCAUUAUCGGCCAGAAGGGUAUUUAAUGGUUCGAAAAGAAGGACAGUGGGGUAAACUUUGCCUGGACAGCCUUCAUGAUUCAGACUCACUUCAAAAGAAAAUGGACGAAUUAGGAAAAGCUGUUUGCAGUGCCCUUACUUACAGGACUGUAUCGACUUCAUCACGAGCUCAUGAUUCCAGGACUGAAGAAGAACAAUACUUCUCCAUUUCACAUACACUGGGAAGUCCUUCGAAAAAAUCAAGUGCCAUAUUUGAACCAUCAUCAUGUCACACCAGAGAUGUCAUGAGAGUUCGUUGUAAAUCCUUGGAUUGUGGACACAGACCGAUGGGCUUAGCAAUUCGAAGGAGAAUUGUUGGUGGACAAAGUGCAAAUAGUGGUUCUUGGCCUUGGCAGGUAGCUUUGUACAAGGAAGGAGAUUUUCAAUGUGGUGCCGUUUUAAUCUCGGACAUUUGGCUUGUAUCGGCCGGACAUUGCUUUUAUAGCACCCAAAAUGCUUUCUGGACAGCACGGUUAGGGUUGCUAAGAAGAGGAUCGGAGUUGCCAUCGCCUUCGGAGCAAAUUCGACGAAUAGAACAAAUCAUUCUGCAUCCGGAAUAUGUGGACAAAGGAUUUAUAAAUGAUAUCUCCCUUCUCAGAAUGGAUCGUCCAGUUCUUUUCAGUGACUAUUUGCGCCCCUUGUGUUUACCAUUGGAAAGUGAAGAUGCAAACUUGUGGCAUGGAAAAAAUUGUUCGGUUGUUGGAUGGGGAAAAUUGUUCGAGAUAGGACAUACGUUCCCUGACAGUCUUCAGGAAGUGCGGCUACCAGUCAUAUCUACAGAGGAAUGUCGCAAGAAAAUAAUCUUUCUCUCUAUGUACCACAUUACCGAUAAUAUGUUCUGUGCUGGAUAUGAUCGCGGAGGGCAAGAUGCUUGUUUGGGUGAUUCUGGAGGACCUCUUAUGUGCCAAAGAGAUGAUGGUCGAUGGAUAUUGCUGGGAGUUACAAGCAAUGGUGAUGGUUGUGGUAGACCUGAAAGACCAGGGGUCUAUACCAAAGUCGCACGAUAUCUUUCCUGGAUCAAUAGUGUUAUUGAUUCUGAGUAUAUUCAACAUCCCUUCAACGACACAUGCGAAGGCGUGCGUUGCAACUUGGGAAGAUGCAUACCACCCUACAAAAUGUGCGACAAUCGAUGGGAUUGCUCUGAAGGAACAGACGAAGAUAACUGCGUAGAUUAAUACAAUUCCGUACGUCUAAAAUAACUCUUUAAAAUCCGUGCAGUGCAGCUUUUGGUUGAAUGCUCAAAUUUACGUUUCAUAAUAGUAUUACUCAUAUAUCCAUUGCACAUACCAUUUCAUUAUGUGAUAGAACUUUCAUCCUAUUUAACACCUUAUCACAUGGUAUAUCCAACCAAUGUUCACUAUUUUAAGCAAUUUUCGCAAGCACAUUCAUCUUAUGGUAAUUGCCUAGAAAAAUGUCGAAAUAAAUUUAUGUGCAACGAUUAGUUGUUUAUACCAUGUGGUAAUGCGCUUUGUAUGAUUGAUGCCCAGUCGGAGUUCAGCCGUUCUUAAAAGGCCAACCAAACAAACCGAGAAAACUGAUGGCCCGUUAUGGCAGCUAAUAACAUUAUCUUAAGUCUCAUUUGGAAGAAAAUUAUGGACUUAUUUGAGUUUUUUUUCCUGGAGGAUGGUUCUAUCUGGGCUCGAAAGAAUUUCCCUGGGGUUUAAUCUUCCUUUAAUUUCAUUUGACGUCUUUGAAAAUAUUUUAGAAAGUAAGACAGAAAAAAAAACAUCCCUUUCUUCGCAGCUGUCUUGCAUUGUUUGUGAAAUAUUAUGAAUUUUUAUGUGCCAGACCCGGAAGAAAAUCUUUCUGCUAUUUUACUUGAUAUCUUUUUUAUAUAUGUAUUUAUUCUUUCGCCACGUGCGUGAAGCGCUCAUUGUCCAAUUAUGUGUGAAUUUCAAACAAUGCUGUAAGCAUAAAAAAAAUUCGCGAGAAUUUUUCCAUAUUUAUUUAUUUUUGAUAUUUAUUGUACAAUGGAUGCCUUUUGUGCUUACAUCAUUGUCCUCCUCUUUGAAAAUUGUAUGUGAUUUUAUAAUAAAGAUUUUCUUUAUUUAUGCA